AGGCCAACGCUUCCUCAACGUCCAGGUCAGUGACAAUUCCGCCUGCUAACCCACAAACUUGUACGCAAUUCCUUGUCUCCUGCGACCAACUUCCCUCCUCAUGCCUCUGUCAGUAUCCUUCUCUCUUGGUCCUGCCCCACCCCACUGCUAGGCUUUGGAGAGGAGUAGGAUUAGCGUCUCUUUCGAUUACAGAAGCUGGAUGGGUGACGUCAGCUGGGCUUGACAGUCCCCUCUGAUGAGUUGGCACACUGGGUUGCUAGUGCAUCCAAAAAGAAACAUACAAAGGGCACACAGAUGGCACUUCGCCCCACUGCUGCUCUGCUCACAGAAUGAUCAGAAGACGAUUUGCAUCUUAAAAAUGUCUAAACCUUAUUGUAUUUUCCUCAUUCUGUUUGUGUGUCCAUCAUGCCUCUCUCUUACUCUUCCCAACUGUGUGUGCCAUUGCUCCAUCGGUGGAUUUAGAUUUGGGCGAUUCAUGGAAUUAGCCCAGGGAUCAAGGGCUCAGGGUUGGGAAGGGGAUAGAUAUAUAUAUAACAGGCUCCAGCUACUGCUAAACAGACAGAGCACUGCUAACAGCACUGUGUAAUCCCCUCUGUAGGCUAAGUCAGUGGACUAUAUAUGGAAAAGGUUGUGAAGGAGCAACAUGAAAAGCAUCCUGCUUCAGCAGAGCUAUGAAUGACACAAUGUCUGGGACCAUAUUUGCGAUAAUAACCCAAGUAAAUUAUCAGUUAUGAAACUCAUCACUCAACCACAUUUUUAAUUACAUUACUGACAAAAUUCAUUUGUAAAGUAAAUAUUUGGGUUUUUUAUCCAGUUUCAGGAGGGACAGGAAUCAAGUAUUACAUUUAUAAAAGAACAGUUGCUCAAAAAAGGUUUGGAAAUGAGUUUGCAGAGGCUACAGAAACAAUAGCCGAUCCUCUAUAAGUGCAGGGCUGCAAAAACCAGGAGGAGGCAGCGAGAGGGCAGGUAAAGAAGGACAUUUUUACACAACAGUUGAUAUAUUCACAAUGUUAUAAUAUUGUAUGUCCAUAGUGAUUUGCAGUAAAGUUACAUAACAAGACUUCCAUGGAUAUUAGCACCAUUUCUGGAUGUUUUCCCAGGUACCUGAAAAGCUUGUUUCGAGGCAUGACCUUGACCUGAUGCCAGGUUGUGCUGCCCGAAAAGGACAGAGCAAGAGGACGAGCUCUCCUUGCUACUUUCUCAAUGAAAUACUCAACUGUAGUCUGUUUCACCCCUCAAUUUUUUAUCUCCAGCCUGCACUUUGUAAACCCACUGUGUCUCAGAAACUUGCUCCUGAGGAUUUUUUAUUUGGGAAGGACAUUCACAGUUGAUAUCUCUUUCCAAAAACAAAGGCACCAGCAAACAGAGGUUUUUUUUUUCCUUGUUUUCAAGACAACAAUGAAGAUGCUUGUUCUUCCCCACUUAAGCGAUAACUCCUACAGGAAAAAAAGGCAAUAUGUGAGCUGGACAUAUGUCUAAAUUGUGACUGUAACCUUUGGCUGUUCUACAUGACUUGAUGAGGGUUUUUACAGCAACCAAAAUAAAAUAACAGAUAGAUUAUUUGGGGGGCAAGUCAUGCAAACUCUACUGUAUCUUGGUCUGACAUUACAAAAUGCAAAUUCUCGUUCAGUCGUCCAUCUUUGUGUGAUUUUCACUUCAAGCAUGGAUUUUACCCAACGGUGAGAGACUGUGCCUCACAUUUACACAUUUACUGACUGAAUGACUGAUUCACUGAUGAUUGUUUGAUUGAUUGGCCAUUCCAUCCGGAGAGGGGGUUAUGGAUGAAUUGAGUGUGGUCAGACAAAGGUAUGCUUUUCACUGCAUCAAAAUGCAAAGCUCUGUGAACCAGGACUGCUACCUGCUAGAAAUAUGUGACUGCCUUGCUGCUCAAAUGUCAGCUCAGAGAAAGCACUUUACUAAACCAUGUUAAAUAUGUAAAUGACAUAAGAACAGCUCCUUCAUCAUGUUACAUUAGGAGUCUUAUGACACAAACAAUUUGUUGUAUCAUCUGUAAAUCUAUUCAUAUGCAUGUAGGUAUUCCUCAGGCAUUUUUAGUGCCAAGAGUAUGUAAAAUGGUACCGCACUACUGCCCUCAGGUCCUCUUAAGAGCAGCUCUGGAGACUUGGACUGCAGUCAUGAAAUAGAUGUUUUAUUGUGGGUUUCGUUUUACCUUCAGGGAUAAUUACAGGCCACUCAACAUAGAGCUCAAGGGUUGGGUCAGUCGCUGGAAGGAAACUUCAGGAAUGGGACGAGGCAAACACCACAAACACAAACAACAGAGUAGGAGAUUCAGUUCCAAAGUAAACAAGUGUUCAAUGCAGACACCUCGUUAUUUUUUUUUCACAAAAGUGUAGCUGCAAAGGUAGAGCACCAUCAUUAAGUGGCUUUACAAGCUCACCCAUCCAGUUCUGCAACUACAUGUGCUUACUUGAGUAACAUUUCUGACAACUUUUACUUCUACUUCACCACAUUUUCUCAAGAAUCUUCUUUACUCAUUACAAUGUUUACCAGUGGAAAUUUUGUCUGAUUUGUUUUGAUUUUUUGUGACUACGGCCAUUAUUAGAUGGAAACUAAGGCAUUAAAAACUGAAGAUGGAAGUACAGCAAUAUUACAGAUAUUGAUUGGCAUAAAAAAAAAAAAAAACUUCUGGAAAGAGUGUACAAGUUCUCCACUAAUGUGGCCAAUAAGAUCCUGCACAGCUCUCUUCAUUAGUAGAUGGUGGGGGUUAACAGAGCAAACAUUACAGUGGAUUAUUACUGUCUGAAAGUGCGUGACACUUUCUCUAUGGUAACUCUAUGGUAACAAAACUGCAUUAAUUUUCAUCUUAAAUUGUAGUCAUUAACUGUUAGUGAAGUGGAAGCUCAGACUCUAUUGUUGUUUAUUAUUUGUCAUGAAUGGGGCGUUUAUUUUGAAUAAGGUGCCUGUAGCAUGAGACUUUGCUAAUUGGGUUCAAUUCAGCCCAUGAAGCACACACAGAGUUUGAUGAAAGUGAUAAAUGGGUGAUUUAAUCAUACACACACACAAACAGGUGAUUUAAUCACAUACACAGACACACACACACUUUUAGGCCUCUUUGAGUCUCCUUUGUGUGUCAGAUGAAGAGGAUAAUCUUGGGAGCAUAGGACCUCAGCAGCUUCAGACUCCAGGCACUUUAUGACUCUGUUGCCCCUACAAACCAGAUCGACAACUUCGACCUGUGUCCCUGCAUGUCUGUAACAUUUGAGUCAUUCUCUUGCGUCGGCAGCAAAAGGUAAGCAGGUCUACACUCCUGUCUUGGAUUUGUCUUGCUCCCACAGAGAUUUUAAGACAAAAUACAACUUUUAAAACCACUUGCAAUCACAUCAGAAGAGUUGGCUUUGCAGUGGGAGUAUGGGCUUGUUGUGCAUUCGUUAUUGAAAGCAUAGGUGAUUGCUUAAAAAAAAUGCAAUAUUCAGUGCUUCAUGUAGUGAAUUUACUACAUUACAUGUGUACUUUUAUCUAAUUGCACAACAUUAUUGCUUGCAGAAAUUUGAAGUACACAUACAAGCUGUGAUUGCUUUUUCUUAACAGACAAACUACAACAAAAUCAGAGGUUAAAUCAUGGCUGAUGAACCAAUCCGCGGUGACAACAUCUCUCCAUCAGGUAAGUUAUGAAAAAAGCCAAAAUAUCAAAAUCUCCUGUGAGGUAUUUUUAACUUGUAAUAAAACAGACUGAAACCGAUAAUGUCCUUAUAUGACCUGCGUAAACUAAAGAUACAAUCAGCAACAGUACUGACUAUUUCAUGUUUGUACACGCCUUAAACCACUGCAGAAAGGUAGGUGUCAGGCAAAAGAAUUUACUGCAAACGAUUAAAAAGAAAAAAUUCCAAAGCAAAUAUUCUCAUUACAUUGAAAAAUUAUAUUUAGCUUUUUUAAGAAAGGGUGUUUUUUUUUUUGUUGUUUUUUUUUAAAUUGACAUGAACCACAAGUUUCUUUCAGGUUCUGAUCUGUGGUAGUUUUAAAUUUGAUUAUUCACGCAAUUUUCUUUUCUUUUAGUAGAAAAUACACUACGUCCAGUCUUACAACAUGUACAGUCCAUGCUCUAAUUAUCAUAUGUUGCUCAUUACAGGCACUGUGGCCUUCACAGCCAAGUUGGACAUCGAUGACAGCUAUCCCUGCCACUCUGGAGUCCUGAAGUUUGCCAGUGUGCUGGUCAACGAGGGAGGAGGCUACAAUCCUGACAGUGGUCUCUUCACCUGCCCUAAGGAUGGUCUCUACCACUUCACUGUGCAUGUGUCUGUGUAUGGGCGCGGCCAGUGUGCCAUAUUCAGAAAUGGAGAGAAAGUGGUGUCUCUUUAUCACACCUCUCUGCCUGACAAAUGUAGUCAAGUGGCCAGUAUGAGCAGUGUGAUCAAUCUGAGGAAGAAUGACGACGUCUGGGUGAAUAUUUGUGGGCCUGGCAAAAAUGAUAUAUUUGCAACUGAAGAUCAGGAUACAGUGUUUGUUGGGGUUCUGUUGGGUUAAGGCC